AUGGCAGCUUCAGCGUUGCUGCGAAGUCGCGUGAGACGACCUUCAUACCUUAACAAGCUCGCCAAAGCAGAGGACCUCAUCGACCUCUUCCCUCACACCUCCUACAUAGGCUGGUCGGGCUUCACUGGUGUAGGCUACCCCAAGAAAGUGCCAACCGCACUCGCCGAGCACGUUGAGAAGAAUGGCUUGCAGGGCAAGCUCAAGUACAACCUCUUCGUGGGAGCUUCGUCUGGAGCAGAGACCGAGAACCGUUGGGCACGCAACAACAUGAUCGAGAGGAGAGCUCCUCACCAAGUCGGCAAAGAGAUCGCAAAGGGCAUCAACAAUGGCAACAUCAGCUUCUUCGACAAGCACCUGAGCAUGUUCCCCGUCGACCUCAUGUACGGCUACUACACGAAACACAAAGAGAACAAUCGCCUCGAUGUCGCCAUCGUUGAAGCCUCAGCAAUCACAGAGGACGGCGGCAUCAUUCCCGGAGCGAGUGUCGGCGCAUCUCCAGAAAUCAUCCAAAUGGCCGACAAGAUCGUCAUCGAAGUCAACACGGCUUCCCCAUCCUUCGAAGGCCUCCACGACAUCACCAUGACUGACCUCCCUCCACGAAGGAAGCCUUAUUUAAUCAUGUCCCCCGAAGACAGAAUCGGCACACCCCAUAUACCCGUAGAUCCAGAAAGAGUUGUAGCAAUCGUCGAAAGCGACUACCCAGACCAAACCCAACCCAACAGCCCCGAAGACGAGAACUCCCGCGCCAUAGCCGCCCACCUCAUCGACUUCCUCAAACACGAAGUGAACCACGGCCGCCUGCCCGAGAAUCUCCUUCCCAUCCAAUCCGGAAUCGGCAACAUCGCCAACGCUGUUGUAGGAGGCCUCGCGUCCGGCGGUGCAAACUUCAAGAACCUCAAAGUUUGGACCGAAGUCCUGCAGGACUCAUUCCUGGAUUUGUUCGACAGUGGAAAUCUCGACUUCGCCACAGCGACCUCUAUCCGCUUCUCGCCCGAUGGGUUUCACCGUUUUUACGAGCGGUACAAGGACUAUGCUCCCAAAUUACUGCUUCGCUCGCAGCAAGUCAGUAACUCCCCAGAGAUAAUCCGAAGACUCGGUGUCAUCGGCAUGAACACACCAGUUGAGGUCGACAUUUAUGCCCACGCAAACUCGACCUGCGUCAUGGGAUCCAGGAUGCUGAACGGUCUAGGUGGGUCUGCCGACUUCCUACGAAGCUCGAAGUACUCGAUCAUGCACACGCCCUCGACUCGUCCUUCCAAGACCGACCCAACUGGUGUUUCCUGCAUUGUUCCAAUGUGCACACACGUGGAUCAGACGGAGCAUGAUCUCGAUGUGAUUGUCACUGAGCAAGGUUUCGCGGAUGUGAGGGGAAUGUCGCCGAAAGAGAGGGCGAGGGAGAUUAUCAAGAAGUGCGCGCAUCCGGACUAUUAUCCGAUUUUGAAGGACUACUUUGACAAGGCCGAGUUUGAGUGUCUGAGGAAGGGAUGGGGACAUGAACCGCAUUUGCUGUGGAACGCGUUUGACAUGCAUAAGCACCUGAAUGAGCAUGGGACGAUGAAGCUGCCGACGUGGGGAUAG